UAUCACUAGGCAACCCCAGAAUGAGGCUCAGUCAACCUGACCAAAUACACGUACACUGUCAAUGUAAUAUUUAGUUAGAGACCAAGUGCACUCUAUAGGAAACUAAAAAGUUUCUCAUUUUCUGUUUUUAGACAGUUUUAUAAAAGGAGAUAAAAAACAACUGUCAAUUCGAUAAGAGUGAAAUGGCGAAUAUAGAUGUGUUCAAACCGUCCAGCGGUCCACUUCUAGUGCCCGGGAACCUAUCGGAUGGGCUACCAAUGCCCACAGAUUCAUUCAAAAAAGAAAGACCUGCCACACAAGGAUCAAUUCAGAGAUUUGGACAGCUUAGCCAUAACUCAUUCUUCACACGUCAUAAUCCACAUCCUGGGCGUGUGCGUCAUCUGAAAGGGCUACUCGAUAUCCCAAUAUGUACAGUUAACGACGACGGUCACUUCCCAAAUGGGGGCUAUUCCUACCAGUUUCCCCCUAACAACUACGACCAGGCCAAAAUCAAUUCCAACCGCUUCAACAUCCCCGUCAACGCAAUCAAUGUCAACUCACAGAUGCACCCGAUCAACACCAUAACGGGCCUGCAGUACUUUACUGGUCUACAGAGUUACCCAUACAGAGAGAAAGCCGUCCCACAAAUGGGCAUGGUACCAGUCACUGAAACAUGGCGAGAGGAGCUUAGGAAACUAACAGAAGCUGCAGGGCUUCCCCAGUUUUCAGACCAGUCAAGACCCACAGAACAACCUCGACAGACUGUAUACUCUACCAACACCGGGCGACUUAUUCCGCCACCAUCAAGGGCUAUGAGUAGAGGGCCUGGUUCAAGAAUGAGCCAGAGGGAAAAAAUGUUCACACAAAUGGAACACAUAGCUGCAGCUCCUGAUACUGAAAACACGGUGUUGCAAAUGUUGUGCCAGAUUUUGCAGACUGAAGAUGUUAACUCAGUUCAGUCAUGGCUUGUCUCAGCUGGGGAUAGAGAAAAGACGUUGGUGCUUGAUUUGAUCAAGGCGGCCGUGGCCACCCAAGAUGAAUACUACAACACGGGCUACCAGCCAGAUCCCUACGAUGCCAACUCUAACACGCCUAGGCUACCUGCACUGGCUGAGAAUGCUACACAGACUGCUGGACAAGGCCAUAAUGCUACGAUAAAAGAAAUCGAAAGGAUGGGUUUCAAUGAAAUGGGCACCAUGGACAAGCAAGACGAGGGACGUACCAGCAGAUACUCGUGGGCACAGGCCGGGGAAAACCUUCUCAACAGAGUGAGGACACCAAGAGAGCAAAUAUCGCAAUGCCUUAAAGUUCAUGAUGAUGAUAUUAUAAAGCCCCCAGUAUUUGCCGAUGUCUUCAGACAAAGGGAAGAUCGUCCAGCAACCACACAAAGUAGGCCAGCAACAAUGCAAAAUGGCCGCCCGGCAACACAAAAUGGCCGACCAGGGACAAUGCAAAAUGGACGUCCAGGAACAAUGCAAAAUGGACGUCCAGGAACAAUGCAAAUGGGACGUCCUGGCACAUGUCAAAGACCAGAUACAUCUAGUCCACGGAAAUCACCACGUGUAUCCCCAGUAUUACGUCUAUCGUCACGAAAAGAUCCCAGUAGCGUGAUAAGGGAAGAUACAGAGUGGUUGGUAGAUCAACUCGUUGAGAAACACUGAAUGUAGCAUAAAAUAGUCCCAAUUGUAUAAUAAUUUAAAUCACAUGUAUUCUGGACACAUGGACCAGCUACCUGCUGAUCAGCAACUUUAUCUGUGAAAUGCUGUCCACACAGUCAAAACAAAUGUUACACAAACACUUUGUAUCUGUUGUAAGUGCCUUAUAAUAAUAUUUUCACAAUAUUCUUAUUUUGUAAUAUGUUCAGAGAAUAUUGCAUGGUAUAAAGAUUAAAGCACAGCAAAAUUUGCACAGUAUUAAUUUAAUGCAACUCGAAGGCACUGCCAAAAUGUUGACAGCCAACCAUGACGCACCGCAUACGCCAAAGGAGCACACCAAACAUGACAAUUUAGUUUAAAUAAUUACAAGCCAGUAUUAUAUACUUGUGCCUAUCAUGUAAUUGUAUUUAAUUAGUUAUAUAGUAUCUAUUCAUUGAAGGGUAUUAUAAAUGCCCCAAACCUUUUCAAAUCUAUUUAUCAUUGAGGUUUCAAACUCAUCACACCUUUCUGCCUUCAAGUAGAACCUAGAAAGAAGCUAAUAGAAUGCCAUGAUUUCUCAUGAUGAAGGUACCCGAAUGCGAUGAUCUCCUAUAGUAAUGAGAACUUCAAAAGGAGCUGGCAUCAGUAUGUCUUAAACUUUAAGUUGAUUUACAUUUUUG